AUGGCAGGCUUAACUUGGCACGCUGAUUUAAAUAUAAAUGAACCUAGUACAAAGAAAGCUAAGCACACUCCAUGUUAUACAAUGACACCUGCCUUGAUAUCGAUAAAUACCCCAAGCCAUAAGCGUAAUCCUGUGAAAAUGUUUAGUCGAGAACUUGACUAUGAUAUCCAUCUGUAUAGUGAGCAUCUUUCAUCUACAUUAACAGGCAUCAGUCAUUUAUUUUUAAAUCAAUUAGCUGUUGAUAAGUUCACAUAGUUGUCUUGUAAAGGUGUGAAAACAAACCACAGUGAAAGUUCUGAAAGCAAUUAAGAUGCUUCGAAUUAUCCAGUAGCUUGAGUUGAAAUGGU